UGAUGUAAGUUUGACAUUUGAAUUUUGACGUUUGGUAAAAAAAUGAUAAAUUCGAGAAAAUAAAGUAAAGUUUAAACAAUCAAAAAAAUUGGUGAAGAAGAAUAAAAUAUUAAAAUUGAUUAAAAUUUGUCCAAAUGAGCUUAAUUUUUUCCAUCUUAUUUGAUAUAAAAUACACACAGUGAUAUACAAGCAUAAUAUAAUUGUUUUUCGAACAAGUUAGAAAGCAAUACUGUGCACCGUUUCAGACCGUUAGGUACACCUUAUUUAUGAAUGUGGGAAUCUUCAAUAGAGUCAACAGCAAAGUUAAAGAAGAAGACGGAAUGUAUUCAGAGUGGAACUCACUGCCCCUGGAGGGUGGGGGCAGGGGUGUGCUUGGAGCAGUGGGGGGGCGCGAGGUGGUGCUGGCUGUGGUCAGGCAGCUUGCCUCGCACCAACCCAGCCCACUCACCACUGAUGCUGAGGUGGAGUGGGUGCUAGAAGUGAUCCGCUACGGCCUCUCCCUGCCGCUGAGUGAGCACGAAGCGUUGCGGGACUGCGUGCGUGUUUGCUGCUCGUGGCUGGCUGCGCUGCUGCCGCCCGCCGCGCCCGCUCAGCCGCCCCCGCCCGCAGUGCCGCCGCCCCUCGCCGCCGAGCCGCACCGUUACGCCAACAAGAUAUUGAACCACUUGCACAACUUAUUUGUGCCGAGGCCCAAUGAAAGUGGCAACUUGAUAAGCAAGCAAGCCGUGCUAUGCCACCGCGUGCUCCGCCUCGCUCGCUCGCUGGCCGACAGCGCGAGCCUCGGCGCCCGCGAGUGGAAGUCGCUGUUGCUGCUGCUGCUCGCUGCUGCCGCUGCACUGCUGGCGCCGCCCGCGCCGCUGUACGGUGCCGCCGAGCAGCUGUGCGAGCGAGUGCUGUGCGUGCUGUUUGAGGUGUGGAUACUGGCGUGUCACAGGUGCUUCCCCGGGCCGGCGCUGUGGCGCACGCUGCGCGAGCAGUGCGUGCGCUGGCGGCACCGCGCGCCGCUCACGGAGCAGUGGGCGCGCGUGUCGCUGUGCCUCACGGCGCGGCUGCUGGCGCACAUGUACGGCCCGCUCUACCCCGCCAUGCCCAUCAGUGAGGAGGAUGCCAGCCUGGUGCCGGCCGACAUGAGCGCGGAGGCGGUGACGCAGAGCUGGUACCGCAUCCUGCACACCAUCGGCAACCCCGUGGACCUCACCAAGCCGCAUCUCAUCAGCCACACUCCUGAAUUCCUACAGUAUUGGAUGACAGCGGAGGAGGGCAAGGAGGGUAAGGAGGGUCGCGAGGCGUGGGUGGGCGCGCUGGCGCACAUCUUCCACCGCGCGAUGCUGGGGCUGGCGGCGCACGUCGACGCUUUCCUAGGGCGCAGCACGGAGCGCUGGCUCGUGGAGAGCUCCGGCGCCCCGCCCCCGGGGGGAGCCGCGCCGGGGGGAGCUGCCCCGGGGGCGGACGAGGGGGAGGUGACCCCCCCGGCGCACCGCCGCCUCGCCAAGUCGUUCAGCACUACGCGCCCAAGGGACAAGCCUGUUGAGAAAAGUACGCCCCGCGCAUCCCUGAUAGGAUUGUCAAGCCGCCCCUCUAGCGUUGUACCAACGACACCACCGAAUUCCAUCACUUCUCAAGUAGGUGACAUAGAAAAGCCUCCUUUGACACCUCUACGACCCAAAGUGAAUUCUAUCUUCCAUCUGUUUGGAGAAUGGCUGUUUGAAGCGGCACUAGUGGGGACCACACCGGCUCACAAUGUUCCACAACGCGCCGAGGGCACGCCACCGCCUCCCUCGCUGUCGGACGCCACUCAGAAGCUCAGCAUGAUCAGCUACCAAGCAGGUCGCGCAGUAGCCCUGGGCACGUUGUGCCGGGUGAUCUGCUCGAAGCAGUGUCGCGAGGAGGUGCUGGCGCCCUACCUCGCGCGCACGUACGCCUGCCUGCAGCGCGGCCUGCGCGACCCCGCCACGGCCGCCGCCGUCGUGCUCGACGCCGCCGAUAUAUUCAGAUUAGAUCUGGAUGGAGUAUUGGUUCUCGUACCCGACUUCAUAACCGCACUGGACCGUAUUCUGACCGAGCGAGAACCAAAAUUGGAAUGCGGUCCCAUAGACAAGCGAGAGCUACGCAAGGCCGCCAUUAGUCUGCUUUUGUCUAUGGUCGCAUUCCCCUAUCAUUACAAGGGUUUGGCGGUACCAGAGUUUCCUGGAUGCAACGAGUACUCAGGCAUGACCAUAGGCGAGUACGCACGCGGCAGAUUGUCUCUGAUAUGCGUGUCGGCCGUACAAGUGGAGAGUUCUGAAGCUCUCGCUGUGCCGCUGUUGAGCGCUUUAUACCUUUGCGUGCGACACAACGCGUGCGUCUCCACUAGCAAGGUGCACAGUGCGCCGCCUGGCUCCACCGUGUCACAUGCUUCGGAUUAUAAAGCUCGGUCGGAUAGCAGUGGGCCGGCGAGCGCGGAAGGCUCACAGGACGACUUCGCAGCCGACUUUAGGGAGCUAGACCCAUCUUCGCCUGUUUUCGGAGCAACUUUAGUGGUCCGCGCGACGUACUUGGUGUGUCACAGACUGAUAUCCUCCUGGAAGGGCGACCUGCAAGUGUCGCUCGCUGCCCUGGAACUUCUCUCUGGACUAGCUAAACUUCAUUCUUCGAAACCUGACGCGAUCGAGCGCAAGCGCGCGGUGCGCUGGAUCUGCGACUACAUCGGCGUGCAGUGCGGGCGGCCGCCGCAGGCGCACUCGCGCGACCUGCACUCGUGCGUGGUGGCCGCCUACACGUGCCUCGCGUCCUGGCUGUGCGCGCCGCUGCUGGCCGACCCAGACUGUCUCGCGGCGCUGCUCGAGGUCGUCGAGCUGGGCAUAUCGGGCUCCAAGAGCCAGGGUAAACCCGGUGAGCCACCAAAGAUGAAAGAUGAAAAGGAACUCAAACCGGUCUCGAUGCGCGUUAGAGAUGCCGCCGAAUCCCUAUUGAUGUUAAUAUUGGAGCAGGUAGGGAGCAGCGACGGCGGCAAGUGGUGUCGGCUGGACGAGCGCUGGCUGGCGGCGCUGGGCCACGGCAAGCUGCGGCACUUCGUGGCCGACGGCAACACGCUGCUGUCGCUGCUGGAGGAGCCGCUCGCCAACUGCCAGGAGCCGCAGCCUACUAUUGUUGUGAUAAUCCGCUGUGGCUGGGGCCGCUUCGCGUGGUCGCUGAGCAGCCGCGGCGCGCCUCGGUGCGCGGGGCGCGGGGGAGCAGCGUGUCCCCGCCCCGUGCCCAUGCUGGAGCCGCCGCCGCGCGCGCCGCCCGCCUGCCUGCCGCUGCCGGCCGCGCCGCCCUGCGCCGUUGACUCGGCGUUCCCCAGUCUGGACGCGGUGCUGCGGCAACUGAACGACCCGGAAGCGCCCACUCUGUUCAGGCUGCUAGAGCAACAGGCUGCCAUCGAGAAGAAAGUUAGGGACAGCGAAGAUAAUGUGAUGCCCGAGGAGUACGUGCCGCCCGAGCCGGUGACGGAGUUCCAGACGGCGAGACUGUUCCUGUCGCACUUCGGAUACUUGAACAUUGGCGGAGACAAGAAGGGCACCCUGCCGCGGCUGACGGCGCUGGACAGCGCGAGCGCGGGUUUCGGCCAGGCGCUGCGGCGGCUGGACGCCACGGGCAGCCGCGCCGCGCUCACCGUGCACGUCAUGUACGUGCGCGCGGGCCAGCGCGACGCGCACGACAUCGUCGCCAACAGCACCGGCGACGUCUCGCCCGCCUUCGUGCGCAUGCUGCGCGGGCUGGGCGCGCCGGUGCGCGUGCAGGGGCACGCGGGCUGGACGGGGCACGUGCGCACGAGCUACGACGCGCAGCCGCGCCUGCCCGCCGACCCGCCGCCGCCGCCGCUGCAGCGCCCGCUCACGCCCAGCGUCUACGACGGCAGGGAGCAGGUACUGUACUGGUCGGACUCCACAGACGAGAUAGCGUUCGUGGUGCCGUCGGGCCACGAACUGAGCGAUGAGGAUCAAAGCGACAGCAUGAAAUGCGACGUCGACGGAUCGUGUUUGUCGGUCAACAAAGGGUCAGAAAAGGCGGGCGGGUCCUGGUGGGAUGUGUCUAGCGGCGGCAGCGGCGUCAGCUACGAGCGGAGCGUUAGCGAGAGCGAGCGCGGGGAGCGACGAGCGCUCGACAAAACGCGCGCGCUGUCGCUCGAGCUGGACCGCCCCGCGCCGCCGCUCUCUGGUAGCGGAAGGCGCAACAGGGAUUUCGCGCCGAAGAUACUCAUCAUAUGGCUGGAAGACUUUGAAGAUCACCUCAACUUGCCUAUAGACUCGCUGGUCCGCUACUGCGAGACGGGCGUGCCGUGGCGGCGCCACGAGAGCAGCGUGCUGUGCGUGAGCGGCGUGCGCGCGGGGCUGGCGCGCGUGCGCGUGGGCGGCGCGGGCGCGGGCGUGCUGGCGGACGGCGCGCUGCUGGCGCCGCGCCUGCUGCCCGACUGCCUGCGCCGCGCCGCGCGCCUGCUGGCCCGCCGCGCGCGCCUCAACACCGACCUGUACCAGCCGCCGCACGUUCGCAGACGACAUCUUAUUCAGGACAUCGCACAGCAGUUUAAAAAGGACCUCUCGGAGCCUGAACUAUUGGAAUCAUUGUUUAAGGCGCCCUAAUAUAUGAGUUAUGUCUAACUAUGAGAGUACUUACAAGUAGAAGAUAGUCUGGAAUUUAAUCAAGUUUAACUAUAGAUUUUUAUUCAUUUUAACAUUUGCAAAAAACCAUAAACAAAAAUUAUUACAAUUCGAAUAUUGUCUGUAACGUAAAUAGUUUCUUAUGAUUAGUACUUUCAACCAAACAAUAUUAUUUUUAAACUUAUGGUAUGGAUUUAAUAUAAGUAAUAAAUCUGUGAAUCAAUUUUUGACUUGGAACUGUUCAGGGCGUUCAUAUUUUUAUAAAUAACUAUGUUUUUAAUUUUUAGCAGUAUUUUAUAUAGAUCUGCAGUGUUUAUAUUUUAUUUAUAAGCUAAUGUAUCGUAAUAAGUUAAGACUGAAUUAUUUUAACCAAAAGUUAAUUGUACUUAACAUUCCAUUGAUGUAUUAUAAACAUAAUGUUAGGGAUACACUUGUUUUAAACAUUGUAAUGAAAUUUUAAUAUUUAUUAAAAAUUGUUGAAAAUAAA